UGGUGCCGACGCGCGACGGGCCGGAGGGGAAGGGGGGCGGCCGGGCGGGCGGCGGUAGGCGCCCCAGCCAAUCGGGAAGCGGGAGCCGCAGGGCGCCGCGGGUCGCGCUCGCCCUCCUGCCCCUCGCCGUCGGGCCGGCCUCGCGCGCGAGAAUUAUGGAUCCCAACUUGCUAAGAGAACGAGAACUUUUCAAGAAACGAGCACUCUCCACUCCUGCUGUAGAAAAGCGCCCAGCACCAUCUUCUGAUUCCUCCUCUUCUAAAAAGAAGAAAUCUAAGGUAGAACAGGGUGGAUCAUCAAGCUCAAAACAAAAUGCAGAUCACAGCAAUGGAUCUUUUAACUUGAAAGCCCUUUCUGGAGGCUCAGGUUAUAAAUUUGGAGUCCUUGCAAAGAUAGUGAAUUACAUGAAGACUCGCCAUCAGCGUGGGGAUACGCACCCGCUAAGUCUGGAAGAGAUCCUGGAUGAAACGCAGCACUUGGACAUUGGGCUGAAGCAAAAACAGUGGCUGACGAGUGAGGCCCUGGUCAACAAUCCCAAAAUAGACGUUAUAGAUGGGAAAUAUGCUUUCAAGCCUAAGUACAAUUUGAAAGAUAAGAAGGCUCUACUCAGGCUCUUAGAUAAGCAUGAUCAGCGAGGGCUGGGAGGAAUACUCUUAGAAGACAUCGAGGAAGGAUUGCCGAAUGCUCAGAAAGCCAUCAAGGCUUUAGGGGACCAGAUUAUCUUUGUUACACGCCCUGAUAAAAAGAAAAUCCUUUUCUACAAUGACAAGAGCUGUCAGUUUACAGUGGAUGAAGAGUUCCAGAAACUCUGGAGGAGCGUCCCUGUGGAUUCCAUGGACGAGGAGAAGAUCGAGGAAUACCUGAAACGCCAGGGCAUUUCCUCCAUGCAAGAGGCGGGACCAAAGAAAAUAGCUCCAAUUCAGAGGAGAAAGAAACCAGCUUCUCAGAAGAAACGGCGGUUCAAGACUCACAACGACCACUUGGCUGGAGUGCUGAAGGAUUACUCCGACGUGGUUCCUAGCAAAUAGCAGCCCCUGUGGAAUGAUGAACUGUGAGCUUUAAAGCAGUUGCUCAGUAGCUCUGGCGGAAGCAUGUCCCGUGCAUGACGUGGCGUGGUUCUUCCUGCUCCCAUUCUUCCAGCAGCCCUGAGGAGCAGCAGCUCUGGAGAGCGAGGAUCGACUGUUCACCUUUGUGCUUAUUUUAUUGGCUAAUGUCUACUGCUAGUAGACUUUUGGUAUUGAGGUAAAAUACAUUCAUAUGUAAUGCCCAGAUUCUUGUUCAGCAUUUAAAUCUUCUUUGAGCUGGGGUAUUUCCAAGGGUAUUUUCUUUUAUUCUUUUGGGGUAGGCUUGGAUUCUUGUUGAUUCUUGUUUUAUCUCUGUCAAGACAACAUGUUUAUAAUAAAAUCAUACUGGAAA